AUGGAACCAGAAAAUCAAACACAGGUUUCAGAAUUUUUCCUCCUUGGACUCUCAAACAAGACAGAGCUGCAGCCCUUCCUCUUUGGACUGUUUUUGUCCAUGUAUAUGGUCAUCUUAACUGGAAAUCUGCUCAUCAUCUUGGCCACAAUCUCUGACUCUCACCUUCACACUCCCAUGUACUUCUUCCUUGCUAACUUUUCCUCUUAUGACAUCUGUUUUACUUCUACCAUCAUCCCAAAGAUGCUGGUGAACAUCUACACCCAGGACAAGACAAUCACCUAUGAGGGGUGCCUCUCUCAAAUUUAUUUUUUCAUACUUUUUGCAGAGUUGGACAUUUUUCUCCUUUCUAUAAUGGCCUAUGACCGUUUUGUGGCUAUCUGUCACCCUCUGCACUACAGGAUCAUCAUGAACCCCCAGCUUUGCAGCUUGCUGGUGUUGGCAUCCUGGAUCAUGAGUGUUCUGGACUCUCUGCUACGUGAUUUAUUGGUGUUGCAAUUGUCUUUCUGUACUAACUUGGAGAUUCCCCACUUCUUCUGUGAAAUCAAUCAGGUGAUACAACUUGCCUGUUCUGACACACUCCUUAAUAACAUAGAGAUGUAUUUUGCCACUGGGCUGAUGGGAAUUAUUCCCCUCAUUGGCAUCCUCUUCUCUUAUUCUCAGAUAGUUUCCUCCACGUUGAGAAUUUCUUCAGGAAGGGGGAAGUGUAAGGUGUUUUCCACAUGUGGGUCUCACCUCUCAGUUGUUUCCUUGUUCUAUGGUUCAGGUCUUGGGGUCUACCUCAGUUCUGCUUCCACCCAAACAUCCAGGGCCAAGGCAAUAGCAUCAGUGAUGUACACUGUGAUCACACCCAUGCUGAACCCCUUUAUCUACAGUUUGAGGAACAAGGAGAUUAAGGAGGCAAUGAAAAAUCUUUUUGGUAUCAUCACUUUCAAUGGGUAA